AUGGACAAGCUGUUGGAGAGGCUCGAGGGGGCCGGGUACCGCGACGGAGCGGCCAUGUUCGGCGCGCCGUACGACUUCCGCUACGCCGUCGCGCCGGCCGGCCAUCCAUCCAGAAUAGGCACCGAGUUCUUCAGGAGCCUCAAGAGCCUGGUGGAGAGGGCGAGCCAGCUCAACGGCGACCGCCCCGCGAUCAUCGUCACCCACAGCUACGGCGGCACACUGGCACACCAGUUCCUGAUCCGGCAGCCCCUGGCGUGGCGCCGGCGGUUCGUGAGGCACUUCAUCCCCAUCGCCGCUCCGUGGGGAGGACUCGUGCUGGGCAUGCAGGCCCUGCGGAAGGAGUACCGGAGCCUGCAGAGCAGCCUGUGGCCGCUGCCCAGCGCGAAGGUGUUCGGAGCCGGGCAGCCACUGGUGAGCACUAAGCACCGAAACUACUCGGCCAGCGACGUGGUGGGCUUCCUCCGCGACAUUGGGUUCGGCGAAGGCGUCGGGCCGUACGAGUCGCGCGUGCUGCCGCUGUUCGAGGAGCUGCCGGUCUGUCCGAGGGUGCCGGUGACAUGCGUCGUGGGGGUCGGGGUGCCGACGCCGGAGAGGAUGGUGUACCCGAGGGAUGAUUUCGAGGGGACGCCCGGCGUGGAUGUUGGAGACGGUGACGGCCUGGUCAACCUGGCGAGCCUAGUGGCGGUGGAGCCGGAGUGGAGGCGUGGUGGUCCUUAUUUUAGGAUGGUCAAGGUGGCCAGCGUGAACCACGCGGCCAUUCUGGUUGACGAUCGUGCGCUUGGGAUUGUCAUCAGAGAAAUUCAACGAGCUAAUUAG